GGGACUCGUGGGAGAGUUGAGGAACAGGUUCUUUCACUUUCCGACUUUGCGUGAGGAAUGUCUAUGGGCUAUUAAAGUCUCAGACAACGUGCUGUCUCUUGGGUGUCUGUGUCCGCAUUUCCAUUGUCUCUGUGAGAAAAGAUGUGGCUGAGGUUUUUUAUGAGCACCCUUCUCCUUCACUUAACAGCUGCCUCUCCUCCUGAACUUCAGUACAGCUUGAUGGUGCCCUCAGUGCUGCAGAGCAACUCUCCAGACCAGGCCUGCAUCCAGAUCCACAACCUCAAUGAGUCGGUGUCCAUGAGCAUCGCCCUAGAGUACAGCAAUGCCAACACCACUAUCCUUGAGCAAUCUGUAAAAGGAAAUUACUUCUUCAAGUGCAUCAGAUUCAUGGCUCCUCGUGCCACCGCUUCCCCCUUGGCUUUCGUCACUUUCUCUGCUAAAGGUGCCACAGUCAGGCUGGCAGAGAGGAGGUCGGUGGCAAUUCAGAAUGUGGAGAGCAUUGUUUUUGUCCAGACAGACAAACCUAUCUACAAGCCAAGACAGACAGUGCUGUUGCGAGUUGUCGCUAUCGAUACCCAAUUUAAGCCUGUUCAGGAGAUGUACCCCUUGAUCACCAUUCAGGAUCCACAGGGCAAUCGGAUCUUCCAGUGGCUGAAUGUGACAUCUCGGAAAGCCAUUGUCCAGCUCACAUUCCAGCUCAUCGAAGAGCCAAUGCUGGGCAGCUACCAAAUCAUUGUGGGGAAGAAGUCUGGCACUAGCAUUCAUUACUCGUUCACUGUUGAUGAAUAUGUGCUACCAAAGUUUGAAGUGAUGGUCCACGCACCAAAAAGUGUCACAGUGCUGACUCCCGAUUUCACGGUGAAAGUUUGUGGUGUGUACACUUAUGGCCAGCCGGUUGAGGGCAGAGUUCAGCUCAGCGUGUGCAGGGAUUUCAGUUUGUAUGGGAGCUGCAAGAGAGAUCCACUUUGUCAAUCUGUCACCAAAGCUAUGGGAAAGGAUGGCUGCAUUUCCCAUGUCUUCAGCUCCAAGAUCUUUGAGCUUAAUCGUGCUGGGUACCAGAUGAGCCUCGUUGUGGAAGCAAUUGUGACUGAGAAAGGAACAGGUGUGCGGCUUACAGGCUCUGCUUACAUAACCGUAACUCAAGUGCUGGGCAGUGUACGAUUUGAGAAUAUGGAUCAAUCCUACAAAAGGGGAAUUCCUUACUUUGGACAGAUCAAACUGGUAAAUGAGGAUGACUUACCCAUUGCAAACGAGGUUGUCCAGUUGCUCCUCAAUGACAAGAAUGUGGGCAACUACACCACAGACGGGAACGGCACCAUUGAGUUUUCAGUGGACACUUCUGAAAUGUUCAAUCCCCAGUUUAGCCUGAGGGCAAUAUAUAAAACCAGUGACAUCUGCAACAUUGUUGGCUGGUUGGUACCCUUCUAUCCUGAGGCCUAUUACUAUGUUCAGCGCUUCUAUUCCCGGACUAACAGCUUUGUGAAGAUCAAACUGGAGCCAGAGAGGCUGAGGUGUGGCCAGAAGAGGUCAAUCACUGUGUACUAUGUCCUGAACAAAAAAGGGUAUGAGAAGCUCACCCAAGUGAAGUUCUACUAUGUGGUGAUGGCGAAAGGCAAGAUUGUCCUCAGUGGCCAAAAGCAUGUCAACACCAGUCGUGCAGCUCUAAAAGGCACUUUCUCCAUCCCACUUGCUGUCAGCGAGAAGAUUGCUCCUGCUGCCCGGAUGUUGGUCUAUACUGUGCACCCAUCCAAGGAGCUAGUGGCUGACAGUGCCAGAUUCCAGAUUGAGAAGUGCUUCAAGAAUAAGGUCCGGCUGCAGUUUUCUGUGAAGCAAGGGCUCCCCGCCUCUAACGUCAGCCUCCACGUGGAGGCGGCAGCCAACUCCCAGUGUGCGCUACUGGCUGUGGAUGAGAGCGUGCUGCUCCUGAAGCCUGAGCAAGAGCUGUCUGCUGAGACCGUGUACAACCUACUUCCCUUUCAAGACUUAUCUGGUUACCACUUCAGUGGGCUGAACCUGGAAGACGACAGCAAAGAGCCAUGUGUCCCAGCUGACAACAUCUUUUACAAUGGCUUGUAUUACAUGCCUGUAUCCUCUGACUUCGGCCCAGAUGUCUAUCUGUAUUUCAAGGAGAUGGGCAUGAAGGUUUUAACCAAUUCUCAUCUACGUCAGCCUGUCGUAUGUGGAAGUGUCAGACCAACCCCCGAUUUCCUUAGCCGUCCUGGUUUUGGGGAGAGUUUGUCCACACCCAUGGCUACUGCCAAAUUGUCAGAAACUGUCUCUGCAGACGAUUCUCAAGACAGAAUCAUAACAGAGAUUAUUCGGAAAUACUUCCCAGAGACAUGGAUUUGGGAUCUAGUUUUACUAAAUUCCAUUGGUGAGGCCAACAUCGUAUUCACCAUCCCUGACACCAUCACCAAAUGGAAAGCCAGUGUCUUCUGUCUGGAGAAGAAGGCUGGAUUUGGAAUCUCUGCACCCACCUUUCUGUCGGCCUUCCAGCCUUUCUUUGUUGAUAUGACCCUGCCCUUCUCCAUCAUCCGGGGAGAAGACUUCCUCCUUAGAGCCAACAUCUUCAACUACCUGGACAAAUGUAUCAUGGUUAGUAUUUUGCUGGCCAGUUCCCAAGAUUACCAAGCUCAGCUCCUCUCCCCAGAGGGAGACGAUGGAUGUGUGUGCGCCAAUGAGAGGAAAACCUAUGUCUGGAAUAUUAUCUCCAAAAAACUUGGUGACGUGAUAUUCAGUGUUACUGCUGAGACCAAGCAGAAUGCUAGCAAGUGUGAGAACCGAACAUCUGGGAGGCCAGAGGCAGGGUGGAAGGAUACCCUGAUCAGAACCCUGCUGGUUGAGCCUGAAGGCAUCGAAAAGACAGUAACCCAGAGCAACCUCAUCUGCACAAAAGAUUCCACAACCACUGAACCAAUAUCUCUGAAACUACCUGAAAACCUGGUGGAAGGGUCAGCCAGAGCCUCUUGCUCUGUGACUGGAGAUAUCCUGGGCACGGCCAUGCAGAACCUGCAGCAGCUCCUCCAGAUGCCCUUUGGCUGCGGGGAGCAGAACAUGGUCCUGUUUGCCCCCAAUAUCUACGUUCUAAACUACCUGAAUAAGACGAGGCAGCUGAAUGAGGAGACCAAAUCCAAGGCCAUCGGCUACUUAGUCAGCGGGUACCAGAAACAGCUGUCAUACAAACACCCAGAUGGAUCCUACAGUAUCUUUGGGACUAGAGAUAAAGAAGGAAACACAUGGCUCACCGCCUUCGUGUACAAGUCAUUUCAUCAAGCCUCCCCCUAUAUCUAUAUCGACGACAGUGUCCAAUCCCAAACGCUGAUCUGGCUGUCAAGCAAACAGAAGUCGAAUGGCUGCUUCCAAAGUGUUGGGAAACUCUUCAACAAUGCCUUGAAGGGAGGAGUUGAUGACCAGCUUUCACUCACAGCCUACAUCACCACGGCUUUGCUUGAGGCUGGACACCCCAGUGUGCACCCAGUGGUCCGAAAUGGUCUAUUUUGCUUAGAGGCUGCAUCUGAAGAAGAAAUCAGCAAAGUUUACACCCAAGCACUCCUGGCCUAUACCUUCUGCUUUGUUGGCAAUGAGGGGAAAUGUGACUUUUUCUUGAAGGAGCUGGAAAAAUCUGCUAAGAAAGUUGAUGGCUCAGUGCACUGGGAGCGGGAGGUGAAACCCCCUGCAGAAAAGUUCCCCUCUUUCUAUCCCCGUGCCCCCUCUGCUGAGGUUGAGAUGACCUGCUAUGUGCUGCUGGCAGUGCUACACAAACCCAAACGAACUUCAGAGGACCUCACGUUCGCCUCACAGAUUGUGCAGUGGGUCAUCAAGCAGCAGAAUUCCUUUGGGGGCUUCUCUUCCACCCAGGAUACAGUUAUUGCUCUUCAAGCGCUGGCUGAUUACGGUGCAGCAACGUACUCUGAGAAUAGCCAAAACACAGUUAAAAUCAGCUCCAGCAACAAUUUUGAGAGGGUCUUUGCAGUGAAUAGCCAGAAUAGGCUUCUAUUGCAGCGGAGCGCCCUGCCUGCUGUUCCCGGGAAUUAUACCCUGGAAGUGAAUGGCAAUGGCUGUGUCUUUGUGCAGAUAACCCUGAGAUAUAACAUCCUUCUUCCCACAAAGGCUUCUGGGUUCUCUCUCUCAGUGCAAACGGCAAAUGCUUCCUGCAAUGCUAAUUUCCGGGUAAUGUUUGAUAUCAUCUGCUCAACCAGUUACACUGGGACGCGCAAUACCUCCAACAUGGCCAUAAUUGAUGUCAAGAUGCUCUCUGGCUUUGUACCUGUCAGUUCAUCCCUGAAAAAGCUUCGUGAGGAUCAGAAAGUGAUGCAAGUAGAAACCAAGCAAAACCAUGUCCUCUUCUAUCUGGAGAGUGUCUCACAGAAGAAUAUCAGUUUCGCUUUCUCAGUUGAACAAGACCUUCCUGUGUCCAACAUCAAACCAGCGCCGGUGCUGAUCUACGAUUACUAUGAAACAGAUGAGAAUGCUGUUGCAGAAUACAAGUCACUCUGCUCCUAACAACGUCUGCUAGCAGGGGAAGGGACUGUGCUGAACAAUGAACAAAUGAUCAUGUUUCCCUUUUUCUUCCAUGUUCAGUCCCAGAAAGAGACAUUUCGUUCCACUACACCCUUUUAAUCACAGGGAAUCCGUGACAAUAUGUGUCAUUUUUUGCCUGAACUCAGGCCUGAUGCUUCUAUUCCUUCCAUGAAGCUGCUUUCCAGGCCCAUGUCAUCCUUAGUUCUCUUCAAUAAAUCUUCUCAUUAUUGGAGAUGUU